AUGGCCACAGCCAAGCUACCAAAGGCACUCUUCGGGUUUAUAUUUACUAAGGUUUCCUGCUUUGCAUUUAGUGGAAAAGACAAUGGCUUUGGCACCAGUUAUGUUUGGGCAGGCUCGCUUGAGUCUGGAUUACAAAUAGCCUCACAGCAUCAGAAACCCGUGAUGGUGAUCAUACACAAAUCGUGGUGUACUGCGUGUAAAAAUUUGAAACCUAAGUUUGCGGACUCAGCAGAAAUUCAGUCACUAAGUAAACAUUUUGUUAUGGUGAACUUAAUUGAUAAUGAAGAGCCUAAAAGCAACACUUUCGCGCCGGAUGGGACCUAUAUACCGCGAAUACUGUUUAUGUCACCAAAGGGCCAAGUAGACCAUGACAUCUACAAUGUGGACGGGAGCAGUCAACACAAAUACUUCUACAGUCGGCCGGAACAAAUUGCGAAGUCAAUGAAAAGGGUUAUCGAGAAAUAUAAAAUUCAAUACACAAUCUGUGUCUACUUAGCAUAA